UGUACUUUGCAAUUGUUAAGCUAUUAUUAUGUGAGCAAAACAAAUAUUCUUCAAACAAAAUAAAUCUUGUUUUUGUGUACUUUCAAUUUGUUUUACUUAAUUUGCGCAACCAUGGUGACGUAGAAAAGAACUUGAUUUAAAUAUUGUUUUUGUUAUUCGUUUCGCUAUUUUUAUUUCAGAAAAUUUUUUUAAAAUCUUUAUUAGAAAAAGAGUAAUUGAUGGACGAAAAAAUUGGUUGCCAUGCAGCGGGAAAAUAUAAACGGUUUACUUUCCAAUAAUGAUUACACAAAACAAGAGUUUUCUAGUAGUAACGAAAUCUCGCCUUUAUCCGAUGACUGUUUAAAAAAUCAAAAAAUUAUGAACAGCUUAAAUGAUGUUAGCCACGAAAAUACUUCGAGUAAGAAUGAUGAAAACAAAAACUUAAAUGACAACGUUAAUGGUGAUAUGCGCAAAAAUUACGCAAAUGAAAAUGUAAUUCAAAAAAAGUAUAUAGAUUCGAACAAUUUUGUUGUAAAUGAAGAUAAAAAUUCAAACAAUUUUGUUGUAAAUGAAGAUAAAGAUUCAAACAAUUUUGUUGUAAAUGAAGAUAAAGAUUUGAAACAUUUUGUUGUAGAUGAAGAUAAAGAUUCAAACAAUUUUGUUGUAAAUGAAGAUAAAGAUUCGAACAAUUUUGUUGUAAAUGAAGAUAAAAUAAAAAACGAUUUAAAUGAAUAUGAUUCCCAAAACGAAAUACCAGAACAAGCGAAACUAAAACGCCAAAUAUUUAUAAUACUAAUUUGUGUUAAUAUGAUUGCCUUCCUGGGUUCUUUUUCCUAUUGGAUGCAAAGUGGAGUUUUACCUUACUUAACCAGAAAAAUUGGUGUUAACCCGCAAGUUUUUGGUUACAUGCAAUCUACUUUUGCUUUGUAUCAACUUGUUGGUUCACCAUUAUUUGGGCGGUUUGGCGAUGUGUUUGGUUGUCGCAUUUGUUUGGUGGUAUCAGAAAUAGCUUCUGCAGUUGCUUUUGGCUCACUUGCAUUUGCGACAAAUGUUGCCAUGUUGUUUCUUUCUCGCGUACCGGCAAUUUUUAUGCAUAAUCUUCAAGGAUCAUACAUGAUAAUAACAGACUGCACACUUCCAUCUGAGCGAGCUAAUUAUCUUGGAAAACUUGGCGUAUCUCACGGAAUCGGAAUGAUCGUCGGUUCGUUCACCGGCGGAUUAAUUACGGAGUAUUUUGGAGAUGGUGCUACGGCCAUAUUUGCUGCAUGUGGAAACUUACUAUGUGCUAUAAUUGUCUGCAUUUUUAUACCCGAUGACACAAAAGCAAUUCGGCGCAAAUUAGAAAACAUAACGAGCACCGCACCAGCACAAAGUGUUGGUGCUUCAUUAGGGUUAAAGGAACUCUUGAACAUUUUUAAGAUAAAGAUUAUACGAUAUUUACUAUUUAUUAAAAUUUUAUCUGCGUUUCCUUUUGCAUUAUUAUACUCCAUGUUUUCAAUGGCAAUAAUGGAUUUUUACAAACAAGGACCACGUGUUAAUGGAAUUAUUCUGGCAUAUCUUGGUUCUCUUAGUAUCUUGAUACAAGGUAUUUUGAUCGGAUUACUAACUAGUCGAUUUUUAGACCCAACAUUGGUGAAACUAGCCGUUUUUCUCAAUACGGGGGCAUUUAUGUUUUUAAUUGUUGCAGAUAACAUAUAUUUACUUUGUGUAACAUUGCUACCAAUGGCAAUUGGAGGAACAGUAUCACAUAUUGUUAUAACAGCUGCAAUUACAAAAGUUGUACCUAUUGAAGACACUGGGUCAGCAUUAGGCUUAACGUUAUCGUUUCAUGCGCUUAUUCGUUCAAUUGCUCCAACUUUUGGUGGAUUUAUAUUUACAAUUGCUGGUUGGCCUUUUAUUGGAGUCAUAGGGUACUCUAUUCACCUGUUUCUUUCAGUUUUUGUCGUUCUUUUAGGAAAAGAUUCCUUUGACUCGAAGUAAAGUGUAUUAAUUGUUAUUUUAACUACUUGAUAUCCAAUUAUAAAAAAUGUUUACAUUUAAA